GUAAGUGAGAAGGUUGGAGGAGCUGAAGGAACCAAGCUAGAUCAUGACUUCAAGGAGAUGGAGAGGAAAGUGGAUGUCACCAGCAGGGCUGUGAUGGAAAUAAUGACUAAAACCAUUGAAUACCUUCAACCCAAUCCAGCUUCCAGAGCUAAACUCAGCAUGAUCAACACAAUGUCAAAAAUCCGCGGCCAGGAGAAAGGGCCAGGCUAUCCCCAGGCGGAAGCGCUGCUCGCAGAGGCCAUGCUCAAGUUCGGAAGAGAGCUUGGAGACGACUGCAACUUCGGCCCAGCACUCGGUGACGUGGGGGAGGCCAUGCGGGAGCUCUCGGAGGUGAAAGACUCUUUGGACAUGGAAGUGAAGCAGAACUUCAUUGACCCCCUUCAGAAUCUUCAUGACAAGGACCUGAGGGAAAUUCAGCAUCAUCUAAAGAAGCUAGAGGGUCGACGCCUGGACUUCGAUUAUAAGAAGAAACGACAAGGCAAGAUUCCAGAUGAAGAGCUCCGGCAAGCUCUGGAGAAGUUUGACGAGUCUAAAGAAAUAGCUGAGUCAAGCAUGUUCAAUCUGUUGGAGAUGGAUAUCGAACAGGUGAGCCAGCUCUCUGCGCUCGUCCAAGCCCAGCUGGAGUACCAUAAGCAGGCAGUCCAGAUCCUGCAGCAAGUCACCGUCAGACUGGAAGAAAGAAUAAGACAAGCUUCGUCUCAGCCGAGGAGGGAGUAUCAGCCCAAGCCGCGCAUGAGCCUGGAGUUCCCGGCCGGAGACAGCACUCAGCCCAACGGGGGCCUCUCCCACACGGGCACCCCCAAGCCUUCAGGUGUCCCAAUGGAUCAGCCCUGCUGCCGAGCUCUGUACGACUUUGAACCUGAAAAUGAAGGGGAAUUGGGUUUUAAAGAGGGUGAUAUCAUCACACUCACUAACCAAAUUGAUGAGAACUGGUAUGAGGGGAUGCUUCAUGGCCAUUCAGGUUUCUUCCCCAUCAAUUAUGUGGAAAUUCUGGUUGCCCUGCCCCAUUAGUAUGUUAUGCUGGCUGGCUCACCUCCUCUUGACCCAGAUAGUUAAGUUUAACCACUGCUUUGGUAAUGCUGCUUACAACACACCCCAGUGCAGGCCGCAGUGGUCCAAGUCAUCCAGCCCCACAGAGCGUCUUUGGUUGACUUGUGUGAUGUCACAGGAGUCAUGGU